AUGCCCACCGCAACCGCCACCGUCGGCUCCAAGAUCCUCGCCUCGACCUCCGACUACCAAACCGUCGAAGGGAACGUAUACUUCCCGCCCUCGUCGCUGGUGGACCAGUCCGCACUGUCGACGUCGCACACGCACUCGACGUGCCCGUGGAAGGGCAAGGCCAGCUACUACGACAUCACCGUGGACGGCAAGACGCUCAAGGAUGCAGCCUGGUACUACCCAAGCCCCAAGGACAAGGCGCAGCAUAUCAAGGACUACGUUGCCUUUUGUGAGUAA